ACACUCCUCGGAAUUUACUCCCCAUUUUCCAUUUCCAAUCAAAGAGCGGAAGACGCAGAACGGAACCUGCCCAAAUUAUCACAAACUCCAGCCUGGAGGCGCCGCUGUCGAUCCCCAACGCAACCGCGCCUCGGCGAUGGAUCUGGCGGCGCGCAACGUCUUCGUACUCCUCCGCCAUCCAAUGGCUGUCUUCCCUCCCUCGCCCUCGAUCCAACCCCGCCGUCCACGAGGGAGCCUUCCCGCUCGGAUCUGUGCUGCAGAAUCCCACUCGCUCACUUUCCUCUCUCUGUCCGCUGGGAGCUGUUACAAUCCUUGCCUCCGUGGUUCUCCUACCGGCCGUGCUUGUUUUCGAUCGAAGAUUGUUUCCCCUUCCACCUCCACCUCCACCUCCACCUCCACCUCCACCUCUUCGGUCGAUAAGAACAGUCGAGAUGGGUUCCGCAUCGUCCUCGUCGCGAUUGUCUGCGGGGUGCUUGCGGUAAGGUGCCAAAGGGUUCUCGCGGAGGCAGCUGCAGUGGAUGCCAGGGUCGGGGUUUUGGCAUCUAGCAGAACGAGUCUUAGCGGAGUAUGGCCGAAGGUAUUGCAGAUUCUUCAAGUACUGAAGGACCAUGGCCUGAUUUUGACGGCGCUUCUGGGUCUGUCCGCGUUCUUUUCGAUGGCUGAGACAUCCAUCACUACAUUAUGGCCGUGGAAGGUUCGAGAGUUGGCUGAAAAAGAACCGGAGAAUGGUGUUUUCAGAAUGCUGCGUAAUGAUGUUACUCGUUUUCUCACUACGAUUCUUAUUGGCACAACAGUGGUCAAUAUUGGCGCAACAGCUCUGGUUACUGAAGCAACGACUGCAAUUUUUGGUGAAGCUGGUGUCAGUGCUGCUACAGCAGUUAUGACGGUUGCGAUUUUGCUUCUCACUGAAAUUACUCCAAAAAGUGUAGCUGUGCAUAAUGCCACAGAGGUAGUAAGGUUUGUUGUAAGGCCGGUUGCAUGGCUUUCUAUAGUCCUCUAUCCUGUUGGAAGAGUUGUCACCUUUUUGUCAAUGGGAAUUUUGAAGCUGCUAGGGCUAAAAGGUAGAAGUGAACCAUAUGUCACAGAAGAUGAACUAAAAUUGAUGUUACGUGGGGCUGAGCUGAGUGGGGCAAUAGAGGAAGAAGAGCAGGAUAUGAUUGAAAAUGUACUAGAGAUAAAAGAUACACAUGUUCGAGAAGUGAUGACACCACUAGUAGAUGUAGUUGCAAUAGAUGGGAGUGCAACGCUUAUUGAUUUUCAGAAUUUAUGGGAGACUCAUCAAUAUUCCAGAGUGCCAGUCUUUGAGGAGCGUAUUGAUAAUAUUGUAGGAAUUGCAUAUGCUAUGGACAUGCUUGAGUAUGUUGAAAAGGUUGAGAAGCUAAAAGAAAUCUCGGUGAGGGAGAUUGCACGCAUGCCAACAUAUUUUGUACCAGAUUCAAUGUCUGUUUGGAAUCUUCUCAGAGAGUUUCGUAUAAGGCAGGUCCAUAUGGCUGUAGUGCUUAAUGAAUAUGGUGGAACAAUUGGGAUUGUAACCCUAGAAGAUGUCGUUGAAGAAAUUGUUGGUGAGAUAUUUGAUGAAAAUGAUUCGAAGGAAGAAAUCCAGCGAAAAACUGGGUAUAUUGUGAUGCGAGAUGAUGGGGCAUUUGAUGUUGACGCUAAUACAUGCAUUGACCAGUUCUCAGAAGAAUUAAAUGUUAGAAUACCCGAGGGACAUCAGUAUGAGACAGUAUCUGGCUUUGUCUGCGAAUCCUUUGGAUAUAUUCCUGAAGAAGGUGGGAAGAUCAUAGUAGUAUUUGAGAAGGCAGACAAUAAAGUGGAUACUGAAGACACUGAAACAACAGCCGAUGACCAUGACGAGGAAAGAUUUCAAUCAUUUGAACUUGAGGUACUUGAAGCUAAUGAGAGAAAGGUUGGUAAACUUCGAUUUAUACCAAUCAACAAUGGACACGGAGAAGAGUUGGAUAACAAGGGCAUGACUCGUGUGGUCUCCAGAAAAGUGGUUAAGCAAAUCACUGAGGCUGUUGAUGAACAGGACUCUGACAAGGUGAUUGAGGUGAGACUGGAAGCGGAAGAUGAACGCUCCCAUGAAACAAUUUUAUUGCAGGGUGAACUUCAACUUGAAGAUUCCUAUAGUAAUAACACUAGUCAGAAGUUAGGUAACCAUGAUCAACACACUCAAUGAUUCAUUUAUUGCAUCUCCGAAGCUUCCUCUUACGCAGAUAAAUAAUACGAGAAAAGAAGAGCUUCCAUUUCAUAGAGAAAGAAACAUAGGAAAUUUUGUGGUCCUUUGGACAAGCUGGUAGGACUAUUUUUACAGGUGCAGAGAGGUGUCAACUUCUAAGUCAUUGUGCGUGUUAGAUGCGUGAUAGUUUACAGUAUCAGACCACAAGCCUAACGUCAACGAUGGCUCAAAUGGCUGCAAUUCAGCACAAUCAACAAUAUAUUGGUAAUGCAACUGAAUGGAUGGAGAACCGCAUGGAGGCCUCAAAGGAUAUAUAGAGUCGCCACUGAAGAAGUGCCCAGAUUGUUGUGCAGCUUCAGCCAGCACCCGCAGGAUCUGCCUCUUCUCCCUCAUCUGUUUGAUCUUCUGUAGCCGCUUGAACCUCUGUUGCAGCAGUGCAAUGGACGGGCAGAGCACUAGAGCGGUGGUAUUUUGUUUAGCCAUGUUAGCAAUAACUGAUUCAACAAUAGGUUAUGGUCUCGCAUUUAUAGGCAACAGGAGUUGUCUUCUUCCUCUCACCUAUUACAUGCUACCUUUGCAUUUGGUUAUGAGAAAUGGCAUUGGAGGUGCA